AUGGCUCAUAACGCCGGAACAGAUCCCCCUCUUGAUAUCUACGAUUUGGAGUUACCACAUAAAAAACGAAAUCCCCCAAUCAGUGACGAGUGGAGCCCUGCGGAAUUUAGUUUUCACCAAUGUACCUCGUUAGCGUAUGUCUCCGAUCCGAAUGCAAAGUAUGGUUGGCGAUGCUAUGCAAUGAAAGUGCGGCAGAUGCUCACCGUAGGUUUAACAAGCGUCAACAUUGGACAGUGCAUAUCGGAGCGGCGGUGCGCCGUCGAAACCAUGGAAAAACUGUUGGAUUCGGUGGCCACAGUGACCAAUGUAACCCCGCUAUGGUGUCCCAGAGCUUAA